AUGUCCUCUUCCUCCCCCACCGGGCAGAUUGCAAGUGCGGCGGAUAUCAAGCAGGAGAAUGGGAUGGAAAGCUCCUCGGAAGGGCAGGAGGCACCCCGAGAAGUGGCGGGGGGCGCGACGGCGGGGCUGAGCCCCCCGGCUCCAGCCCCCUUUCCCCUGGAGCCGGGGGACGCCGCGGCCGCCGCCGCCAGGGUGAGCGGAGAGCAAGGGGCAGUAUCGGCGGCGGCGGCUGGAGCAGCGGCCGAUCAGGUACAACUCCACUCGGAACUUCUGGGCAGGCACCACCACGCCGUGGCCGCCGCCGCCGCUGCUGCGCAGACCCCACUGGCCUUCUCGCCAGACCAUGUAGCCUGCGUGUGCGAGGCGCUGCAGCAGGGGGGCAACCUGGACCGCCUGGCCCGGUUCCUGUGGUCCCUGCCCCAGAGCGACCUGCUACGUGGCAACGAGAGCCUGCUGAAGGCGCGGGCGCUGGUGGCCUUCCACCAGGGCAUCUACCCUGAGCUCUACAGCAUCCUCGAGAGCCACAGCUUCGAAUCGGCCAACCACCCGCUGCUGCAGCAGCUCUGGUACAAGGCACGCUACACCGAGGCCGAGCGAGCCCGCGGCCGGCCGCUGGGCGCCGUGGACAAGUACCGGUUGCGCAGGAAAUUCCCCCUGCCCCGCACCAUUUGGGACGGCGAGGAGACGGUGUAUUGUUUCAAGGAGAAGUCGCGCAACGCGCUCAAGGAGCUCUACAAGCAGAAUCGCUACCCUUCGCCCGCCGAGAAGCGGCACCUGGCCAAGAUCACUGGCCUCUCCCUCACCCAGGUCAGCAACUGGUUCAAGAACCGCCGGCAGCGCGAUCGGAACCCCUCUGAGACCCAGUCCAAAAGUGAGUCAGAUGGCAAUCCUAGCACCGAAGAUGAAUCCAGCAAGGGUCAUGAAGAUUUGUCUCCUCAUCCACUCUCUGGUUCAUCCGAUGGUGUUACCAACCUCAGCCUUUCCAGUCACAUGGAGCCAGUCUAUAUGCAACAAAUUGGAAAUGCUAAAAUAUCUUUAAGCUCUUCUGGAGUUUUGUUGAACGGAAGUUUGGUACCUGCAAGUACUUCACCUGUCUUCCUUAAUGGUAAUUCUUUCAUUCAGGGACCCAAUGGAGUUAUCCUUAAUGGAUUAAGUGUGGGAAAUACACAGACAGUGUCAUUGAAUCCACCCAAAAUGGCAUCAAACAUUGUGAGCAAUGGUAUAUCCAUGACUGACAUACUGGGGUCUACCUCCCAGGAUGUGAAGGAAUUCAAAGUUCUCCAGAGUUCUUCGGCUAACUCAGCAGCCACCACCUCCUACAGCCCCAGUACUCCUAUGUCAUUUCCAGGGCUGAUACCCAGCACUGAGGUGAAAAGAGAAGGUAUUCAAACAGUGGCUUCCCAGGACGGAGGCUCUGUAGUGACUUUUACCACACCAGUGCAAAUUAACCAGUAUGGCAUCGUCCAGAUCCCCAAUUCCGGAGCAAACAGCCAGUUCCUUAAUGGGAGCAUUGGAUUCUCUCCACUGCAGCUGCCUCCUGUUUCAGUGGCAGCUUCACAAGGUAAUAUUUCAAUAAAUUCAAGCACUUCAGAUGGGAGCACAUUUACAAGUGAGUCCGCCACAGUCCAGCAAGGAAAGGUUUUCUUGAGCUCGAUUGCUCCCAGUGCAGUGGUAUAUACUGUUCCUAAUUCAGGCCAGACUAUAGGAUCUGUUAAACAGGAGGGCUUGGAGAGGAGCCUGGUCUUUUCUCAGUUGAUGCCUGUCAGUCAGAAUGCACAAGUGAAUGCAAACCUGUCUUCUGAAAGCAUCUCGGGGAGUGGCCUUCACCCACUGUCUUCCUCAUUAGUUAAUGUGUCCCCAACUCACAAUUUUUCCCUGACUCCCCCCACCCUACUAAAUCCAACAGAGCUAAACCCUGACAUUGCUGAUGGCCAGCCAAUGUCUGCACCUGUGGCGAGCAAAUCUACUGUGACAUCUGUCAGCAACACCAACUAUGCAACUCUUCAGAACUGCUCCCUUAUUACUGGUCAAGAUCUAUUAUCAGUCCCCAUGACCCAGGCUGCCCUUGGGGAAAUAGUUCCCACAGCUGAAGACCAGGUGGGUCACCCCUCCCCUACAGUACACCAGGAUUUUGGCAGAGAACAUCAUUUGGUUAUGCAAUCAGUAGCUAGCAUAAAAGAGAAUUUCUUAACAAAUUCUGAGAGCAAAGCAACAAGCAACUUAAUGAUGCUGGACUCCAAAUCCAAGUAUGUCCUAGAGGGCAUGGUUGAGACUGUCUGUGAAGACCUGGAAACAGACAAAAAAGAGCUUGCCAAGCUCCAGACUGUCCAAUUGGAUGAAGAUAUGCAAGACUUGUGAACCUAAUUUCUUUCUCGCCCCUCCCCAUCAGCAGGCAAAUAUUUUCAUGAAGACCUAAGGACAAGCAUUUUCCCAUUUAAAGGGAAACACUAGUUUUGCAAGUAAAUGCAUUCGAGACCCUUUGGAUUGAUCUGCAUGAAGAUCACAGUUAAAUAUGCAGCAGUAGAACUGCAUUACUGCAGCCCUUUCCACAUAUGUUCUCUUUUAAAUAGAUGGAGACAGAGGAGCAAGAUAAAAUACAUCAAGAAGUAAAAGUGUAUCAUUUGGUUGACCUAAUAUAAUUCUAAGGUCAAAUGGAACUUGACAAAUAGUUUUUUAAAUUAAAAAUGCAUACACUUAAGGUAGAAGAUUAAAUAUCGCUACAGAGCAUUAGAAACAAUGUAAUUCUUUUUGUUUACUUUUACUCCAUGGGCAUUGGUAAGGCUAAGAAGUAUAAAUGGUACUCCACACUAUUUUAAGGGUAUGUUUUUGAAUAUAUACAUUUCUGUUUUUCAGCUUUUUUUGUAAAAGUCCUGGUUCGUCUCUACAUUUCCAAAUGUGAUUGUUGGUGGUUCAGUGUGGCUGAGCAAAUUCGGAACUCCACUAAAAACUCUGAAACUUCAGUAUGAGUGUAAAUAUUUUAGUCUUAUAAGCAAGGAUUUGAGUAAUUACAGUGAAUUUUAUUUAUGCUGUAUAUGUUUCUCUUAUACUUCAGACACUAUGAACUGAAAAGAAAAAUGUUUUCGUACUGUUUAAUUUAUUUUUAUUGUUUGAACAGGAAGUGAACAGUUGUUUCCAACAAAGUUUUACUUUUUGUAGAAUUUUAAAAGUAAUGAUUUUUAUCAGGAGUCUAUUAAGGUCAAUAUUAAUAACACUGAAACAGGAAAUCUAACUCCCAAUAUUGGAAUUUUGGUACUUUUUUUUUCACAUACUUGUUCUUUAUUUAGCAACUCUGAUUCGUUUAAAUAUAUCUUCUAUAGAAUUCUAUGUGCCUUUUUACCUUGUGGCCUUUUUAUUAUUCUUACUAAGGUACAGAAGUGUCAGCAGAAGCACUGAUGACUCUUUUCUACUAUCCAACAGGGUUAAUUUCACCACAGAAUUGCUUUAAAUCUGAAUAACUUAAGUUUCACUUAUAUUACUGUAGUUAAUGUUUAUGAUGCAAAUGGUUGAACAAUUAUUGUUAAUACUUUUCAUUACAAUGAAAGUAACAGUUUUAGACUACCAUGUAAAACCAAUUCUAGAGGCUAUGAAGACAACCAUUUUAAAGCAAAGAAAGAAAAGUACAUUCUAUCCAGCAGAAUUCUGUCCUCUUGAAAUUAUUUUUAAAUAUUUUGAAUCAGUUAUUACAUUAUGACAUAUGACUGUUUGCACUAUAUUAUCAUGUCUUCUUUAAAAGUAAAUCUUUUGGGGUUUCUGUAAGAAGCUUAUUUGAUAAUGUUGUGAGCUGUGGUUACAGUUUUUAUCAGGACUCUGACCAUAGAUGUAAUAAUGCAAAUACAUUUGUGUAGUAAAGUCUCUGGUCUCUGAAAAGCAGGAAAAGUGAGAAAAUGGUCCCUUCAGAGAUGAAUGAAAGUUGAACAUGCAGAUGUCACAACAUCUUGCUUUCUUUAAGAUGGGAACAAAGGGUCCACUCUAGGUCUUUACAUGCCCAUCAGCCCAGCAUGUUGAACAAGGGCUAUAGAGGUAACUUUUGUUGUCAUUACAAAUGGAACUUGCAGGCAUAGAUGAAGAGUCCUAUGAAGAAUUCCUCUCCCAUAAUUUUGAUAUGAACUUAGAUCCCCCCCCUUUUUUUUAAUGGAACUGGUGAAUGUUCCUGAACUGCUGAAACUACGUGGUUUUUGUUUGGUUUUGUUUUAAAACAUCAGGUUUUUAGAGUUCUCUUACACUCCAUCACUCCUUAUACAGCUUGUGUGUUUCUUUGGGUGUGUGCUGAUGAUGUUACUGAGGUUAUUUACAUGGUUCUAUAGUGUAAUUGACAUGAAAAUAAUAUUAUCCACUGAUUGCUGCAGAUAUCAAGAGUUUGCUAAUUAUUUCAAAAUACUACCCAUCCAAUAAGAAAGAUGGGAAUGUUUGGAAAGUUAUAUAUGCUAUAUAUAACAGGAAAAGUUUUAUAUGUCUUCCAAAAUAUAAGCUUCUCUUAUUCAUGGUUCUUCCUCUUUUCUUCCUUAAGAAAAAAAAAGAUAGCACAAAACUUAAGACUUACCUAGGAAACUAUUCAUACUCCAGUAUGAUGUAAUUAUACCCCUACAAUUACUCCAGGUAGCUACACAAUAUACCAGGUAAGAGUCAAUGCACAUUAUAAAGAACUUAUUGUUCUUUUCUAUUCUUUCAGUGAAAUAGGGCCAGUUGGUAUGUAGCCCACAUAUAUGUGAAUGAAAUAAAAUAAACCCCAUGAUCUCCUUGCACAGAAUUGCCUUUUCUUGUUUGUUUGUUUUCCUGGAAGUACCAAGGGCCAGACUCAGAACCCUUGGAGUUCAUGUAGCAGAAUUUCUCUCUUACAUAAACCAAUGCUUGAAGAUGCUGCAAAUGAUCCUCUAAUGACCCCCAAGGAGGAAUCAGAAUAGGGGUUAAUAACUCUCCCUACAAACCCCAACCCCUGCUGCUGGCUGUGGAAUUGUUGGUUUGAGCCUACCUAUGCACUCUAUCAGCCAGAAUUUGGCAUUUAGCGCUUAGUUACACCCAGGAAAGGACCGUCUAUUUAAGGAGAAGGUGCAUUUGUUCCUUAAACAAGCAAGAAAAUCUGUGUUGUACUGCUUUAUAGCUCACGUGUAUUCAUAGUAAUGUAAAGACUGAAUUGUACACAGGUUUCAGUGCCUUUCUUGUGUUAUGAAAGGCAGGUAGAUGUUAUAGCCAUAGAUAAAAUUCAUAGGUGAAUUGCACACUGACCUUAAAUCUCCCUCUAUAUGCCCUUGUGUCUUGCAUGUUAAAAGCUGGAUUAUUGGGCAGAUGUUGCAGCCUGCCCUACUACAUGUUAGACAAUUGUGCAUUAGUACAUAACCAGAAGUUCUUCGCUCUUUAAAAUGUUUUUGACAGAUCAUCUCAUCAUAAAAAUAUAAAUAAUUCAGAAAAACUGUAGGGAAAAGAAUUACGUUUUACGAAAGAUGUUUCAAAGUCUUCCUAGAACUUAGAUAGAGCCUAAUGGUUAUUUUGUAUCUAACUGAUACAUUUCAUGUUAAUUUCUUACUACCACCAUACAUUUUAUUAAGCAAAAUUAUAUAGCAUGUGACUUGGCUUUCAGGGUUCUCAAAACAUUUUUACUCUUUUGUUGCAUGUACUGUAUGUUUAGAGACAACCAGUUAUAUACUCAGUAUGGUUUUACUGUGCCUUACACAAAGAGAAAAACUAUACAGAAUGUAUAUCAUGGGGUGGGGUAACAGAGUCUUUACUGCACUGUUAGGUGAUGGCACACGGAGCAUGUCCCAGAACAUUUCUGUGCUUAAAUUACCCAACCAAAGAGAUCUAAAGUAUGUAUGUUGUACUGUAAUAGGGGUUUAUGCCUGGACAUUUAAGUGUUUUAUUUGUUUUCUGAAAUGAUGUGAACUUAUUUUUCUAAACACUAUGCUAAAUAAACUUUAUAUUUAUACAU